AUGAGUGCUCAAAUUUCUAUGCAAUCUCCCACAACUGCUACUUCAACAACUACUAGCGUCUCUGCCUUCUGUCCACAAUCUUCGUCCAUGAAUCAAGGUUGCAAGCGGAGAAAAUGGUCGCAAUGGAUUGCUACAACAACAAAUAGUGAGGAUGGCAACGAUGAGCUUCAGCGUCAAAACCCGCUUAAGAGACUAAAGACACAAAAUAUGGAAAAUUCGAGUUCUUCGUCUUUUUCAUCGUCGCAUUCAUCGACUUACCAACAAUCUCCUCGUAUCAAUUUAUCGUUUUUUUCAUGUAACGAUGAUAAUACUCGCCACCUGCCGAAUCAAAAGGCUUCACAAUGCAAUUUCAACAACAUAAAUAUUAACAAGAAAACUUCGACACCACCGAUUCAAGCAUCAACUUCUACCACGACAACACGUUUCAUUGAUCUCCGAGAUAAAUCAGAUGACGAUCAGAUUGAAAUAUCGCGAAUAAUUGAUUUGUCGACCGGUGAAGCACUCGAGGUUGUCCCUUCACUUGAAAAACAACGUAUGCGUCACCAGAAGAAAAAACGUGGGAUUGAUCAAGUAAACGACCAAGAGAAAAACGACGAAUCAUAUUCAUCAAUUGGAUGGAGAUUUAAUAAUAAUUGUGAAUUGUUGGUGGAUGGAGGUAAUUCCAGCAAUAAAUCUCCCAAUAAGAAAAUGCGGAUCUCUCUCCAACCCACCACUAAUUUCAUUGAAGAAAUCGAAGAUGAAAACGACGACGAGCAAAAUGAUGAUAAGGUCAAAAAAGAAGAAAAAGAAAUUAAUGCAAGCAUGUUUCCAACAUCGAAAUUAAAAGCAUCCAAUAAUAAAGUUGCUAUUGCUGAUGAUGGUAUUGGUAGUAUUACUCCCCCCGGAAAUAAUAAUAAUUCAUCGUCAGUUUCCUCAAACUCAUUAUCAAUUCUCCUCAAAAGAUUUCAAAAAGCAAAUAAACUGGAAUUUACUGUUCCCUAUAAAAAAGCGUUUGCCGAUUACAUGCGGUCUCAAUUCGGGUACAUGAAGGGUGGUGGUGAUGAUAAUAAUAAUAACGCUGAUCAUACUGGCGAGAGAAAGCAAAUUAAUUUCUCGGCUGAAUUGUUAGAGUUUAAAGAACUUAUUCGUGGGAUCGAGAAAGAACAACAAUUGCAUUCGCUACAGCGAGAUGAUGAUGGUGAUGUAAGAGCCGACGUAUCUGUAUUCAAAGCACUCAACGGCAAAACACCCGACGCUCAUAAAUACCAAAACGCAGCACGCUGGUACCACCACAUCAACUCCUACUCUCAUGAGUUCGCCUCUCUACCUGGCGACGCGAGCAAAGACGCCUCACACUACGGUCCAGCAGUCGUCCAAGCACUUGCCGAAACUGUAAAAGGCGGUGCUGAUGAUGACGACAUUGAUCUCUUUGGAUCAGACGACGAAGAAGAUGCCGAGGCCGAACGUUUGAAGGAACAACGUUUGGCCGAGUAUCGUGCCAAGAAAGCCGCUAAACCUGCUGUCAUUGCAAAGAGUAUGGUGCUUUUGGAUGUGAAACCGUGGGAUGAUACUACUAAUAUGGAGGAAUUAGAGAAAUCUGUAAGAUCGAUUUCACUUGAUGGGCUGACUUGGGGGCAGAGUAAAUUUGUGCCGGUUGGAUACGGAAUAAGGAAGUUGCAGAUUGGGUGUGUCGUGGAGGAUAAUAAAGUUGGUGUUGAUGAUUUGGAAGAGCAAAUCACUGGGUUCGAGGAUUAUGUUCAAAGUGUUGAUGUUGCCUCGUUUAAUAAAUUAUCCUCCUCUUCUACUAAAUGUUCGCUUAGCACUACAACCACUAAAAAAUACUACCAAAACAACAGCAACGUAAUAAACAACAAAUACAACCUACUCAUUAACAAAGCAUACAACUACAUUCUAAUCGGCUGCAAUAGGGACAUCAGCACCAAAGAUAUUCCGAUUAGAAAGACGAGUAUUAGUAGUUUGAUAAUGUCCAAGAAUAGUUUUAAGGUUGCGUGUGUUCAAUUGUUGGUUACCAAAGAUAAGCUGAAAAACUUGAAGAAUGCAAAGAGUAAAAUUUUAGAGGCUGCGAGAGAAGGUGCUAAAGUUGUUGUGCUGCCGGAAUGCUUCAAUUCACCAUACGGAACCCAGUAUUUUAAGGAAUACGCGGAAAGUAUUCCUGCUGGGCCUAGUAUCAGUGCGUUAUCCGAAGCAGCAAAGGAAGCGAAUGUGUAUUUGAUAGGAGGCUCCAUUCCUGAGCACGAUGAAGAAACCAGGAAAUUGUAUAACACGUGUACAGUGUUUGACCCAAAGGGAACAAUCAUCGCCAAACAUCGUAAAGUACACUUAUUUGAUGUUGACAUUCCGGGAAGAAUUCGGUUUCAAGAAAGUGAGAUAUUGAGUUCUGGUGGGUCACUGACGCAAUUUGAUACUGAAUAUGGAAAAAUCGGUAUUGGGAUCUGUUACGAUAUGCGAUUUCCCGAAAUGGCCAUGAUUGCUUCUAGAAAAGGGUGUAUCAUGAUGAUUUAUCCUGGUGCUUUUAAUUUAACAACUGGACCCUUACAUUGGGAACUUUUACAACGAGCCAGGGCGGUUGAUAACCAGAUUUUCGUAGCAACUUGUUCACCAGCACGCGAUUAUACCGCGACGUAUCAUGCGUAUGGACACUCUACUAUUGUAGACCCAAAUGGCGAGAUACUAGCGACAACCGAAGAUCACGAAAAUAUAGUAUACGCCAACAUAGAUUUAGAUAAAAUAAAAACCAUUCGACAAAGUAUUCCAGUUACCAUGCAACGACGGUUUGAUUUGUAUCCAAAUGUUGCUGCUGUUAAUAAUGGUGCUAAUGUUAAUUGA